GACAAACAUGUCUAACUUCGCGAAACAGUAUUUCAUAAAAGUCGCAGGUCUCCACCUGGGUACGACUUUUUUGGAAGACAACUGGGACAAAGACAUCAUAGGAAUGCAGGACCUGCAAAGCUUUCUAGAGAUGGAAAACGUCCUCACACUAUACGGGGUGAUCCAGACAAUCGACGAUAACAAGCGGUUGAAAUUUUUCCGAACUAUCACCAACCAGGACUCCGAAAUGACGGUGGUAUUUAGUAAAUACAGGCCUUGCAUCCCAUCAGACGACAAUUUGCUGCUGAACAUCCAAACGACAUCGUUUUCUGGUUCUCCAGCGCUAGCUUUAUACCAAAGCUUGAACAGCGUCUACACCCCUUUUCUGAAACAAAAACAAAAUUCCAACCUUCAUCGUCAAAUAGCAAAUUUGCAAAAUGAUCUGCGCUCAGAAAUAUUCUCAGAUGUUUCGGAUAUCGGAGUAAUCCAACCAUCCACUGAUUUUUCUUCAUUGUCAGUUGUGAACUCCCUUGAGCAUGAAGUUUCUUACUGGAAUACCGUCACACCAACUUCAAAAAGAGACAAAUUGACAAAAGCAGCACGCACUUUUUUCAAAGACUGUUUAUCUUCAAUAGCUGGUGAUUUUAGCAUAAUAGAUGCUCUUUCUAUCAACGAUGUGGAAGACUUACUAGAAAAGAGCCACAAUGUCUUGGACGAUUUAUGGAGACAUGAACCUCCUUUUCCCAAAGACAGAAUCAAACAUCUCAUGGAUAUUAUUGGUUCAGAUGUGUGGAAAUUCAGUUCAAACCAGCUGAAAAAACAUGACCUGUGGAACAGCGAGUUCUUGGAAAUAGCUGACGCUCUUCUCCAGCAGAUCUCCGUUGGCCAGAAAUGGCUGACCAGCUGUAAACAACUGACAGAAAUUUUCUGGCCAAAUUACCCCUCUCAUCCAUGGAAAGAAACUGUUUAUCAGCCGGACGAAUUAGUUCGAACGGUCUCUCUCCUCCAAAAGAUUUUGAACAUCAGAACACUUCACAAACAACUGGUGAGACUUUUGACACCACAAGAGCAAGUCGAACUGAACACUAAGGAUAUGUUUCAGUGUUUUCAAGAUGUAGACAUAUUUCUCCAGGGACAAGAUCUGUCAAACCCUCUGAGCAAAGCUGAGAAACAGUUUGAAUAUCUCAUUCAGCCAGCUGAGCGAAGAGUCGCUAUCAAAUUGAAGAAACAGCUUGCUACUGUCAACGCCAAUACAAGACAACUCAUCUACGAGUAUUCUCGUUACUCCGAAUUGAUCAGCAGGCCUGUUCUCAGAUCGGAACUUCUUCUGGAACGCCAGUUCCUCAUGGUGUCCCUCUACGAUUACGUCAAACAGAUCCAAUCGCAAGCUGCCUCAGAAAACCCGGUCGUCAGCACUCGAUACGAUACUCCAGAAGUAGUCAAAGAAAUAACAGUGAUCAGACAGCUGGAGGGGAGAGCGAACGAGAUUCUGAAGGUGGCUCAGAAAUUGCUGGGAGAUUUACAAGGCUACCAAGAUCUCAACCAAGUGGUCACUGAGCUGGCUAAGGACUUGAAACAGCAGCACAAUGAACUCUUUGAGGCGUGGAGUUCGGAAAUCAUCGGGUCUAUCAGCGACAAUAGUCUUAGUUUGAAGGAGUCAGAUCCAGUUGUACAGUUCUCCAAACAGAAGUUGAUGCACGUCAACUAUUCCCCAAGGCUAGUGAUUCUGACAUCGGAGGUGAGACAGUUGAAAGCCAUGGGAUAUCACAUUCCUAGCCUCAUAGAAGAAACGAGCGAGCAUGCCAAGAAAUUCAUGAAGUUCGCCAGAACACUUGAACAAAUCGCGAACUUCCACAACACCAUUGGAGAUAGGAUGAUUCCUUCCCAAAAACCCAUGAUGCUAGCCAGUGCUUUGGAACUGUCAAAGUUAGUUCAAGAACAGGAAGUUGUUUCUUGGGGGGAAGAAAAAUCGGUGGCAAAGUACGUGGAAACGCUGAAAACGGCUGUGGAGAAACUGUCGAAAGAAAACAAUUUGUUGACGAUGUAUCAUCGACAAAUCUUGGAAAAGAUAAACGACCUAAAGCAGUUCGACUUGAUCAAAGACUACAGUAAGUGGAGAGAAACGGGGAAAAAUAUCAGAACAAUCAUGACACAAGUCGAAGACAAAGGGUUCAGAAAUAUGCAAAGCUGGAAAAGCGAUCUGGAUAAGAAGCUGAGUGAAGUUCUGGAAAAACAGUUCCUGGAAAGUCUAGAUACUCUCCAUCUGUAUCUCCCAGAAAUCCACAUAGAUCUAAUUUAUAGAAACUCUAAGCUGGAGUAUUUUCCCAAUGAGGACAGUCUAAAGAAAACUUACGAGCAACAGUUGAAGAAAUUUUUGGAUAUUCCCAGAAACUUCAGAGCUAUUUCUGAAGUUCCAGACACUAGUUUGUUUCAAGGAAUACUCAGCAGAAACGAAAAUGCUUUGAAAACUGUUUCUAAACAUACAGACGAGCUUUUUGAGCAGCUCAAAGGUGUAAUCAAUCACUGGCAGUCUUGGCUACAGCUGGAUCCUUUGGAUACAACCAAGCUCACCAGCUGGCAACACUGGGAUCUGCAUUUCAGAGCAUCCAAAACAUUUGGGCAAGAAAUUGCUAAACUACCAAGUACCGAAGAAAGAGUGGGAUGCUUUCUCAUCGGUCUCUCCAGGUUGAGGUCAGACCUCGAAUCUCAUAACAGAAGUUACUGGGAUCAACUGGUGUACUCUUUGAAGGACUCUAUAGCUCAGGACGUGGUGAAGCUACAGAACUACGUCGACCACUCCACUGCAGCGCUUACUAGACAACCUGUGACUGUAGAUGAAGUCGGAGAAUCUGGAAUCGUCCACAAUAACAUCAUGAAAGAAGCUCCCGAGAUGCUGGAGGUCUUCAAGGAAAUGUCUAAAAAGUCGCAGAUUCUGUCCAGCUGGUCCAGAGAACAAGUAAGCUCUGUUGGUAGGUUGAAAGGAGCCUGGGACAGGUUACAGAGCUUACUGGAUAACCAUCAACAUAUCAUGGCUAAACAGAUGGAAACUAUAAAAACGACGCUGAACAUCGAUAGAGAAAACCUGGAGAAGGAGAUAGAGAGAUUUCAAGCCAAGUGGGAGGAGGUUAACCCAAGACCUCACUCCGGGGACUUGCUGGAUAAUACUAUGAAGGAGCUUCUUAAGCAUUCGAGAAAUAUUAAAGAGAAAAGAAGCGAAUGGGUUGAAAUACAGUCGAAACAGGAGAAACUGAUGGAAAAUUUCAAGAAAUUCAGUUUGGAGAAACCAGAAUUAUUGUUGGUGAAAGACAUCGAAGACAGUUUGAAGAAAGAAGAAGAAUCUUGGGCCAUUUUUGAAGAAUUUAGCUCAGAGUUUGACGAGCUCAUAAAUGAGCCAUGGAUAGUAUUCAGAAAGAAAAUUUACAAACUUGAAGAUUUUUUGAAAAAGUGGCAGGAAAAGCUGGAAACUACAGAGAAUACCCAAUUGGUCACUCGACUCCUGCAGGAAAUACAUAGAUACGAGUGUGUUGCCCCGUCCUUGAAAUAUGUAAAAGGGGAAGAUUUCUCAGAAAAGCAUUGGAUAGACGUUUUCAAUCUUCUCGGUAUGGACAUCAAACCUGUAGACCAGCUCAUAUUGAACGAUUUUUUGGAAGCCUGUGAUGAUAUUCAGAAUUCAUUGAAAGAUUUACAAGUGAUAGCCAAAAAAGCAGCCAGUGAAAUCGUUGUAAAGCAAGCACUCGCAGAGCUUGACCAAUGGGAUGUCCUUUGCAGAUUCGUAGUUAGUGGUCAUAAGGAUUCCAGGGACAAGAACAUGUUUCUUAUCAAAGAUUUCAAAGAAAUUCUCAAUAAGAUUGGAGACAACCAAAGCUUGCUGCAGUCAUUGAAAAACUCCACAGAUUACGAUUCUUUCGUUGAAAAAGUAACCAUCUGGGAGAACAAGUUUGCAGAUUUGGACUACUUUCUUUCAUCUUUGGCUCAAAUUCAACGAAAAUGGUUGUAUCUCGAGCCAAUAUUUGUCAGCGGAACAUUGGCUCAAGAAAAAAGUAGAUUCGAAAGGAUAGAUAGAGAUUUUCGACACAUUCUGACCUUCAUCGAGAAAGAUCUGCGAGUUGCAGCCCUAUGUCGAUAUCCAAACCUGAGAUCACUUUUGGAAACUAUCAUGGAUCAGUUAUCCAGGUGUCAGAUUAGUUUGGAUAGCUUUCUGAAGGAAAAACGAGAAAAGUUUCCGAGGUUUCUCUUUCUCAGCGACGAUGAUCUGUUGGAAGUUGUUGGGCAGUCUUCCAAAGAGCACGUAAUUCAGAGUCAUUUGAAAAAGAUAUUCAUGGGAAUCGCAACAGUCCAAUUGUCAUCCACUGGACAAGAAAUUGCUGCCAUGUGUUCGUCCCAAGGAGAAACAGUUUUCCUCUCGAAUCCAGUGAAUAUCCAAAAGCCAGUUGAGGAAUGGUUGAAUGAACUGGUAAAACAAAUGCAGAUAACCCUCAAAGAAUUACUAGUGAAUUGCCAGAAAGAAAAAACCGCCCCAGAUCCGCUUUUAUACCCUUCCCAGGUCCUGUGUCUCUCAGAUAGUAUCACUUUCACUGCCAAAUGUGAACAGGCAAUAUCCAGCAUGACUGUUCCACCAUUGCUCGCGAAAUACAAGACACAACUCGAGCAUUACAGCUCUCUAGAGCUAAAUAGUGGCACUAAUACUGCAGACGGAGAUAUCCUCUUGGAAUUGAAGCUGAAAGCACUUCUGUUGGAUACAAUUCAUCAUAUAUCAGUUCUAGAAGAGCUUAUGACCAAUAACAUUACUAAAGUUUCAGACUGGAUUUGGCAAAAACAAUUGAGGUAUUAUGCUAAUUCUGUUGGAGAAGUUACGGUUAAGAUGGCUAAUGCGAGGGUCGAGUACUCAUAUGAGUAUUUGGGCAAUGCUCCCAAACUAGUAAGAACUCCGCUAACCGACAGAUGUUUCCUCACACUAAUGCAGGGGAUUCAUUUGGGAAUGGGUGGCAAUCCAUACGGACCUGCAGGAACUGGAAAAACCGAAUCAGUAAAGGCCCUAGGAGGUCUCUUAGGGAGACAGGUUCUAGUGUUCAACUGUGAUGAGGGCAUAGACGCUGCAUCAAUGGGACGAAUCUUAACAGGUUUGGUCAAGACCGGAGCUUGGGGAUGUUUUGACGAAUUCAAUAGACUAGAUGAAGCCACUUUAUCAGCAAUUUCCAUGCUGAUACAUGUCAUUCAGGUCGCCAUCCGAACAAACAAGAAUAGUGUUCAACUUUUGGAUCAGGAGGUUACCGUCAAUAAACACUGCGGAAUUUUCGUUACGCUGAAUCCUGCUGGUGGGGGAUACGGUGGCAGAAACAAGUUACCUGAUAAUCUGAAGCAACUGUUCCGACCCGUUGUUAUGACACAUCCCGACAAUGAGGAAAUAGCUAGGGCCUUGCUUCAUUGUGACGGUUAUAGGAACGCCAAUCUGAUAGCAAGGAAGCUUGUUGAAGUUUUCGAUAUAUCUAGUAAACUCUUGAGCAAGCAACAACACUACGACUGGGGUCUGCGAUCAAUCAGAACGGUUCUGAGCGGCUGUGGCAGAGCAAUGAAAAAAUUUAAAGCUCAAAACACUGAUAUAGAUAAUAGUUUGAAUCCAGAAAUGGCUAUGACGAUUCAAGUUCUUAAAAUUGACACUCUAUCCAAACUUUCAUUCUCGGAUAGCACAAAAUUCGCCUCCAUUAUUCAAGAUGUGUUUAGAGAAGUGCAUAUUGAUAUUUCAAAGGAUGAUAUAAUGAGAAAGUGUAUCGAAGAGAGUUUUGAGGAAAUGGGACUGGAGAAAAAUGAAAGACAGAUUAACAAAUGUAUGGAAUUUUAUGAACAACUACAACAAAGAAUGGGCGUAGCUAUUGUGGGACCACCGAGUUCAGGGAAAACUACCAUAAGGCAGUUGAUUAAUCGAAGUUUAUGCAAGUUAGGAAAAUCGAUAAAAUCAUAUUGUGUAAACCCCAAAAGCAUGUCACGGUCCCAGCUAUUGGGUAAGAUGGAUCUAGACACGAGCCAAUGGAACGAUGGCGUUUUGACAACGUUCAGUCUACAGGUAGCAUCUGAAAGUGCAGAUAUAUGGUCUUGGAUAAUAUGCGAUGGAGACAUCGAUCCGGAAUGGGUAGAGUCUUUGAACUCCGUGCUGGACGACAAUCGAUUGCUAUCGCUGCCUUCAGGUUGGCGUAUUCAAUUCGGACCAAACGUCAACUUCAUUUUCGAAACCCACGAUCUAAGCAGUGCCUCUCCGGCCACAAUUUCCAGGAUGGGAAUCAUAUUUUUGAGUGAAGAAGAUCUGGAGCUAGAAAAUUACGUAACUGGUUUUGUGAAUCAGCUAUCUGAAGAACAAAAACCAGUUUUAGAACCACUCAUAAGCGAUCAUUUCUUGAGAGCUGUGAACUGGAUUGUGAGAGAUGGAGAUAUCAACAUCCCUUGCUCUCGAUUAGCCAUUGCCAAAACAGGACUAACGCAGCUGGCAGAUGUCAGAAGCAAGGCGCAUUUCUCUGUGGCGCUCAUCAACGGACUAGGACAGCAGUUACAGGACGAUUUCAAGGAACUUUUUGCCCAACAGGUUUACGAGUGGACAGGAGAUUGUGCUCCACCUCUGAUUCUCAAACCUAGAUACAACAGAGAGAGGGAUGUUAUCGAUUCGUAUUAUACAAACCCGAAUAUCAGCAUUGAAAAUUCAAGUCCUGACACGCUGUUGAUAGAAACAGGUCAAAUAUCCCAGUAUCUGGAUACUCUCAGAGUCUGGCUUGGAGAAAAGAACAACAAAAACUUUUUAAUUGUCGGUCCCCAUGGGUCAGCAAAAACAUUGAUCUUGAAAAGUUUGGUUCUCGAGGGAACUGACGUGGAACUAGUUAUUCUACACUGCAGUGGAAACUUAUUGCCCGAAUUUGUUGUAACCAAAUUAUCGGAGCACUGCCUCUCGGUGAACACUCACAGAGGAAAAGUUCUGAAACCUAAAAAAGGCAAUCUGGUACUUCAUUUCAAAAACCUUCACCUCUUGAAGCCGGACAAGUGGGGUACGAAUAUCCUCAUCGAAUUUUUAAGUCAGUUGAUCGUAUACAGGGGAUUCUUUGAUGCCAAUGUGGAGUUCGUGGGAAUCGAAAAUGUCACUAUAACGGGAUCUUUAGCCGCCAGAAAUAAUUUGUCGAAGAGGUUCACGUCGAUUAUGCGUAUUUUCAACGUCAGUUUGCCAGAGGCAGAAGAUUUUCCUGUCAUAGUAAGUGCCUAUUUGACAGCCAUACUGAAAAAUCGCUUUUCCAGUCAAAAUUUACCGAGAGCGAAAAUUAUCAAGAUUUCAGUCUCUAUGAUUUCUGUGUAUGACAAGAUUCGUAAUAAUUUCACAGCCAUACAAAACAAGCACUACAUAUACAGUCCUCACGAUGUAACCAACUGGUGUAAGGCUAUUUUACGUUACAAAAACUCUGAGGAUAAGGAUCCUGAAUCAUUCCUACAGGAGAUUGUUAAAUACGAGGCAUCAAACAUUUUCGGAAAUAGGCUGGUAAAUGAAGGCGACAAAGAGAUUUUGUACAGGUUGGUGAAUGACACUCUUCAAAACCAUUGGGGUGCGAAUUUUUCAGCUAGUUCCACCAAGAAAUACUAUGUGCCUAUUGAAAACCGAUCCGGCAACUUGAGAAACUCCGAACUGAUAGGACUAACGAAAGAGGAAUGGAGAUCAAUGGUACAAUCUGGAAUUACUCAGUGCGAACGGGAUGGCCAGUCACUGGAUCUGAUAAUCAACGAUGAGCUUCUGGACUUGACAGCAAGUAUCUUGAAAACAGUUAGCUGUCCAGGAGGAAACGUGUUACUAGUGGGAAAAUCGGGGGUAGGUCGACGAAGCGCUUUGAAAAUUGCCUCAGCUUUGCAGUCGUCUAAAGUUUUAGCACCUUCUAGCGAGAAACAACCUCAACUCAAUAAUGACUUGAAAGUGGCCAUGCAAUACGCUGGAGUGGAGGGAGAAGAGAUCUACCUCCAGAUUGAAGAUUACAUUUUGAACAAAGAGUCUAACCUGAACAUUUUCAAUCUGCUGCUGUCGUCAGGCGAGGUUCCUGGGUUGUAUACUCCAGUGGAGUUGGAGUCACUUGUGAAAGCUUUGAAAGAAGAAUCUGACAGAGAAAACUUCGACGGGAGUUUGAUUCAGUUUUUCCACGAACGAGUGAAGCAACAUCUUCACGUGGUAGCCUGUCUGGAUGUAGACAACGAAAAUCUGUGGAACAUUUUCCAAAACUGUCCCGCUCUUCUGCAAGAGAGUUCUGUUGUCUGGAAAUCAGAUUGGAGCAGCGAUACGAUAGAGAAAAUACCUAGGAUCCUUUUGGAAAAGAAUUGUCCAACACAAGAGAAAAAUGAUUCAAAGUUUCAAUGCACUGAAGAAUUUUCGUCCAUAUAUCGUACUAUGAAAGGCCACAAUUCCACCCCAUCGAGGUACAUAGCCAUGAUCAAACUAUACGAAAACAUUUAUGAUGAAAAACUUACUCGAAUCAAAGCCAGAAUUCAAAAACUAGAGGCUGGUGUGGCAAAACUAACAGAGGCGGAAUCCUUGGUGAAGGGCUUGAAAGAAAAAGCAGCAGAGAAGCAGACAAUGCUGGAAGAGAAGAGAUCAAAAGCAAACUUGGCCUUGGACAUGAUAAGCAACACAAUGAAGAAUGCCAAUUCACACAAAGAAGAAAUGGAGAGUUUGAAGAGCAAGACACAGGAAGAAAAUGUCCAGCUUAUGAAACGGAAAAAGGAAAUAGAAGCAGAGCUCUCAGAAGUAGAACCGUUGAUCGAGGAAGCCAGAUCAGCAGUAGGCAACAUCAAAUCGGAGUCUUUGUCAGAAAUACGGUCGCUCAGAGCUCCUCCAGAGAUCAUCAGGGAUAUACUGGAAGGGGUUUUGAGACUCAUGGGCAUACAAGACACAUCAUGGAACAGCAUGAAGACUUUCCUUGCCAAAAGAGGGAUAAAGGAAGAGAUAAGGUCAUUUGACGCAAGCAGGAUCGUUAGAGAAAACCGCCAAGCAGUGGAACGUCUGAUGUCAAACAAGAGCGAUUCCUUCGACGCCAAAGCCGCGAGGAGAGCUUCUGUAGCUGCAGCUCCUUUGGCUGCUUGGGUCGCAGCAAAUGUCAAAUACUCCUACGUCAUGGACAAAAUCCUACCCUUGGAGAAGGAGCAGAAUAAGUUGAAGCAAAACCUGUCCAAUGCGGAGGCUCAACUGGGAGAACUCAGCGCAGGACUUCUAGAUGUUGAUGCUACUGUAGCCAAGUUGAAACAGCAGCUUUCGGCGUUCACUAAGGAAGCAGCUGAAAUCGAAAUUGACUUGAACAAGGCACAAGCUACUCUUGGGGCAGCGGAAGGAUUGGUAUCUAAGUUAGGUGAUGAAUACGACAGAUGGCAGAAGCAGUUGCAAGAAUUAUCUGAACAAGUGGAACAACUACCAAAAGAGUGUCUGCUUGCAUCUGCGUUUAUGACGUAUCUGUCCAGUGAAGCUGAAGACAAAAGAAACGUAAAAUCGACAUUGAGCUAUUUUUCUCUACGGAAAGAGAAAGAAUGCAGUGGAGAAGUGAAGGUCUAUCUGCAGACGAAAUGUCCAUACAGAAUGCUGUUAUAAUUCUGAAGGCCGAUAUGGUUCCUUUGUUAAUUGACCCUACUUCAUCAGCUACCUCUUGGAUGAAACGACACUUAAGACACAAAAACGUGGAAUGUACUACUCAAAACUCCCCAAAAUUCAAAGGAAUGCUCGAACUGGCAGUAAGAUUUGGAAAAACUUUCAUUAUCGAAGAAAUAGACACAAUUUGCCCUACGUUGUUCCAGAUUUUGAGGAAAGAAUUCAUCAAUCAAGGUGAAAGACGACUGAUCAAGCUCAAUGGUAAGUUGAUAGACUACCACAUCGACUUCAAACUCAUCAUGUGUAGUAGAGACCAGCACUUGAAGCUACCUCCGGAUAUUUCACCUCUUGUGAAUCUCAUGAAUUUCACUGUCACCCAUUCCGGAUUGACAGAACAACUUCUUUCUGGUGCUGUCAGCCAGGAAAAUCCCGAGUUGGAGACCAAGAAGCAACAGUUGCUGAAAGAUAGAGAGGAGAUGGAAGAAAAGCUGAGCCAGCUGCAGAAUGAACUACUGGAAGCUUUAGUUGAUUGCAAAGGAGACAUACUCCAAGAUUCGAAACUCCUGGAGUCCUUGAACGAGACUAAAGCCAGCUCGGAAGCUAUAGCGAAGGCUUUGAAAGAGUCCAGUGAAGUACAAUCGAAACUGCAAUCGGAAUACGACAUGUAUAGAGAUAUUUCCUACUUUGGAAGCUCACUGUAUUUUGCUUGCAACGAUUUUGGGAAAUGCGACGUUAUUUACCUUAUCUCCGUUACUGCUUUCGCGGAAUUGUUCUUGAAAUCGCUGCGGACUUUUCAGGGCAUUGAAAGCAACUUAGAUUUGCAGAAGAAGCAUUUGCUUCAUACUGUAUACAGCUAUAUGAGCAGAGGAAUCUUCAAAUACGACAGACUCAAGUUCUUACUGCACGUGGUUCAUAAAAUUUACCCGAAUGAGAUACCAGGAGCAGAAUGGCAGGUAUUUUUAGGCAACACGAUUUCAAAUAAAAAUAUCCCUGAUGAGUUGCCUCCGUGGGUACCGAAACACUGUGUUAAUGGGGUACAAAACAUACAGUCAGCACUGCCGGAAUUCUUUAAAAGCCUUAAACUGGAAGAGUUCAACAUGUGGAAAAACUUCAUGAAUUCCAGUAUUUGUGAAACGGAAAUACCGACACAUUGUAAGCUAUCUAAUUUUCAGAAGGUGCUUGUAAUACAAGCACUGCGUUCGGAUAGAUUGUACUCCACGAUGAUACAAUGUGUUUUACACAUAACAGGGUUGAAAUCUAUUGACCCAUCUAUUUUGGAUUUAUCUCUGGUAUACAAAGAAUCGACCAGCGACGUUCCCAUUCUGAUCCUCGCAGUCUCAGGAACUGAUCCAACCACAGAAGUCAGAGAUUUAGCCAAAGCUUGUCUACAACAAUACACCGAGGUGGCGAUGGGUGAAGGCCAGGAAACGAAAGCUUUGUCAGCGCUGAAGAAGUGUUCAGAUUCGGGUACUUGGUUGAUCCUGAAAAACUUGCACCUAGUCACGUAUUGGUUGCCUGUUUUAACUCAGAACCUCAAAAGUGCUGGUGCCAACUCUAAAUUCCGGCUGUGGUUGAUUUCGGAGCCUUCCUCAAACUUCAACUUUGUCUUGGCGCAAAACAGCCUGAAGGUAGUUUACGAAACGUCGCAAGGGAUCAAAAGUAACCUCUUGCGGAGCUACAGCACCUUCGGCAGCGAGUACGUAGAAAAACUGAAUCAGAACUCUGCUAGGGUUCUCUUUGUGUUGGCAUGUCUCCACGCACUGCUUCAAGAACGUAGAAAAUACAUCCCCCAAGGUUGGUCGAAAUACUACGACUUCAGCGAUACCGAUCUCUCUACCAGCGUGAAGCUGAUUGAGGAUUUGUGGCACAAUCAGGGGGCGCAGAUUCAGUGGAAUUUCGUCCGCGGUUUAACAUCAGACGCUGUUUACGGUGGUAGGAUCGAGAACCUAGACGACAUGGAGAUUGUGAGAUCGUACGCGGAGAAGUACUUCGCUGAUGAGGUUCUCAGCCACAAAUGGAAACCUUUUGGACUUGAAGUGACCUUGCCGAGUGCAGCACAGUUUGAGGAAUAUGUUAAGGGAAUAAAGCAGCUACCAAAUAUAGACGCACCCUCAGCUUUUGGACUUGCUCAAAAUAUUGGGAGAGCUUGGGAAAAACAGACUUCAUCGAAACUGAUAUCUGAACUCAAAAAUUUCUACUUGUCCAAAAACAUUUCGAACGCCUUCAACCAAGACGUUUUCCAAAAAGGUCUCGCGCCCUUUAUGAACGUUUGGAAAAAACUGAAUCAAGGUCACGACUUCAUCAGGAUGACGAGCGAGAGGAAAGUUGAAAGCAGCUCUGUAGUGGAAACCUUCAUAAAUGAAGAAUUCGACAAUGCUCUUUUACUUCUUCAGAUGAUACACAAAUGUUUCGGGACUCUCAAGAAAAUUUAUAAGGGUGUUGUGGUUCCCGAUGGCCAGGAUCUGGAAAUUGGUAACUCUCUUUUGAACUACGAGACUCCGAAGCUAUGGCUGACUUUUUGGAACGGGCCUAAGGAGCCGAUACAGUACUUACGCAACGCCAUGAAUAAAAUUAUCGGUUUAUCUAAAUGGAAGAACGAAAAAGUCAAAGAACUGCUCCAGAAGCCCUUUAGUCUAUCUACUCUGUUCCACCCUGAUGCUUUUCUGGCCUCUCAUAAGCAGGAUUUUUCUCGGUCAGGAAAAGUGCCUAUGGAUGAACUAUUGCUUCGAACCAGUUGGAGAUCCAAACACGAUUCGGUAAUUUUAACGGAUUUGCUCGUUGAAGGGGGUAUUUUUGAAAACGGGGCU